GCUCUCUCUCUCUCUCUCUCUCUCUUUCUCAGGCGCACGGCACAGGCUUCGGGCUUCGACUUCCAGUUGAUCGAAAAUGCACUCCAGUAACUUGCUCCUCGAUGAACCUAUGCGGAUUGCUUCAGUCCUCGAGCCUUCCAAGCCUAAUUUCUUUCCAGCAAUGACGAAAAUCGUGGGGACGCUUGGUCCGAAAUCCCGAUCCGUGGAGGUUAUUUCGGCCUGCUUGACGGCUGGGAUGUCUGUGGCGCGGUUUGACUUUUCAUGGGGCGAUCCUGAGUUUCACCAGGAGACCAUUGACAAUCUAAGGCUUGCUAUCAAAAGUACAAAGAAGCUUUGUGCAGUUAUGCUGGACACAGUGGGUCCAGAGCUGCAAGUAGUCAAUAAAACAGAGCGUUCUAUUCCCCUUAAAGCAGAUUCCUUGGUUGUUCUGACUCCGGAUCAGAAUAAAGAGGCCUCUUCAAAUCUGUUGCCAAUAAAUUUUAGUGGACUGUCUAAGGCAGUGAAGACAGGAGACACUAUUUUUAUAGGCCAGUACUUGUUCACAGGAAGUGAGACUACUUCUGUCUGGCUAGAGGUUACUGAAGUGCAUGAGGAAGACGUGGUCUGCCUGAUAAAGAAUUCUGCUACACUGUCCUCGACAUUAUACACAUUGCACGUCUCUCAAAUUCAUAUAGAUCUUCCUACCAUCACUGACAAAGAUAAGGAGGUUAUCAGCACCUGGGGUGUCCAGAACAAAAUAGACUUUCUUUCAUUGUCAUACACGCGACAUGCAGAAGAUAUUCGCCAUGCCCGGAAUUACCUUUCCACAUUCAGUGACCUCAAUCAAACCCAAAUUUUUGCAAAGAUUGAAAAUUUCGAGGGAUUAACCCAUUUCGAUGAGAUUCUACAAGAAGCAGAUGGCAUUAUUAUCUCUCGUGGACAACUUGGAAUUGAUCUCCCACCAGAGAAGGUAUUCUUGUUUCAAAAGGCAGCUGUUUACAAGUGCAAUAUGGCAGGAAAGCCUGCAGUGGUUACUCGUGUUGUGGACAGUAUGACAGACAACCUAAGACCCACUCGUGCUGAGGCAACUGAUGUUGCCAAUGCUGUAUUGGAUGGUAGCGAUGCGAUUCUUUUAGGUGCAGAAACCCUUCGCGGACUGUAUCCUGUUCAGACUAUUUCUACUGUUGGUAAAAUUUGUGCAGAGGCAGAGAAGGUUUACAAUCAUGAUGUUUACUUUAAGAAGACUGUCAAAUAUGUUGGAGAGCCGAUGACUCACAUGGAAUCUAUUGCUUCAUCUGCUGUCCGGGCGGCUAUCAAGGUGAAGGCAUCUGUCAUCAUUUGCUUCACUUCGACAGGAAGAGCUGCAAGAUUGCUUGCUAAGUAUAGGCCAACAAUGCCUGUUAUAUCUGUUGUCAUCCCUCGGCUCAAGACAAAUCAACUCCGCUGGACAUUUACUGGUGCUUUUGAGGCAAGGCAAUCACUUGUAGUACGAGGUCUUUUUCCACUCCUGGCAGAUCCUCGACAUCCAGCUGAGUCUACAAAUUCGGCAAACGAGUCAGUUCUGAAGGUUGCAUUGGAACAUGGCAAGGCUUCCGGCUUUAUAAAGUCGCACGAUCGCAUUGUGGUUUGUCAGAAAGUUGGCGAUGCGUCGGUUGUGAAGAUUAUCGAGCUUGAAGAUUAGAAUCUGUACUGUACCAUCACCUCUGGGAGGCUCUUCCAGUCUUACUGAAUUUUGAGUGCAACGGAAGUAGUUGUUUUGUUCCAGCCUAAAUAUCCUCGGUAAGUGUCCGUCUAAAUGUCUACUACUACAUACCAUGAAUGGAUUUGUUGUCCUGUGUUUCCUAUCCCUUUUCCGGUGGUUGGUCAGAGAAUACCAUCAUUAACCUGUUAGGUUUAAGCGUGAUGGUGAGAGUCUGCUAUUCUCCUUCCCUCCAUGAUUAGGUUUAAACCUCCCUUGCUUGAGCUAAUAUAUAAAUUUUUGGAUGAUGUUAUGUUUACUUGGUGAUUAUAAUUAUCAACUAUUUUGCGAGUC